AUGAGUUCCAAGACCACGACCCCCGCAACCGACUCGACGGCCUUACUGGGCGCGGCGACCAUCUACGGCACAGAAUGCGCGGGUGUGAACAAGGAGUACCUCGUGUGCAAGAGCAAUGACGAGAACCCUCGCGCGUGCCUCGUGCCUGGGGAGAAAGUCACGGCGUGCGUGCUGAAAACGCUGCGGGUGCUUGAGACCAACUGCGGCGACGCGUUCACCAAGUACAAGAACGCGCUAGACUCGAACUGGCAUGAGUUGCAGGAAUGCCGCAAGGAACAAGCGGCCCUCGAAGCGUGUUACAGAGACUGGAAGCACCCCAAGUCGACAUAA